UUCCGUAGCCUGCGCAAAUGUGUGACGUCAUGCCGGAGUGGUCUCAGCUCAUCCAAACAACGACGACUGACCGUCUCCGAAUACUCGAACCAUCACCGAAAGUCUUUCACAGAGGCGCUUAACGACAGCAUGGCUGCCCAGAAAAUAAACGAAGCCCACGAGCACAUAGCCAAAGCUGAGAAAUGCUUAAAGACAAGCCUGACAAAGUGGAAGCCGGAUUUUGACAGUGCUGCCUCAGAAUACGCUAAAGCAGCCGUGUGCUUCAAGAACGCCAAGCAGUACGAGCAAGCCAAGGAUGCUUACCUGAAGGAAGCCGAGUAUCAUACGGAGAACAAAACGCUUUUCCACGCUGCCAAGGCGAUCGAACAAGCGGGAAUGAUGAUGAAAGAGCAGAAGAAGAUGCCAGAGGCCAUCCAGUACAUCGAGAAGGCGUGCAUGAUGUACAUGGAGAACGGGACGCCUGACACCGCCGCCAUGGCGCUGGACCGCGCUGGGAAGCUGAUCGAGCCUCUCAACCUGGAGAAAGCGGUGGACUUGUACCAGAAGGCCGCUGGUGUGUUUGAGAAUGAGGACCGUCUGCGUCAGGCUGUGGAAUUGCUGGGCAAAGCUUCCAGGCUGCUGGUGCGGUUAAAAAGGUUGGAUGAGGCCGCCGUGGCGCUGCAGAAAGAGAAGAACAUGUACAAGGAGAUUGAGAACUUUUCAAUGUGUUUCAAGAAAACGACGGCCCAGGUGCUGAUCCACCUUCACCGAGGCGACUAUGUUGCGGCGGACAAGUGCGUCAGAGAGAGCUACAGCCUGCCAGGUUACAGCGGCAGUGAGGACUGUGUCGCCAUGGAGACACUGCUGCAAGGCUACGACGAGCAGGAUGAGGAUCAAGUGUACCGGGUGUGCAACUCCCCUCUGCUCAAGUACAUGGAUAACGACUACGCCAAGCUGGCCAUCUCGCUGCGGGUGCCAGGCGGAGGAGGAAAGAAGAAGAAGGCCGCUGCACCAGGGGGCGCCAGCGGAGACACGGCCGCUGCAGAUGAGGAUGAGGAUGAGUACGAGGGGGGGCUUUGCUAACCUUAUCCCACCUUCCGUCUAAGACCUUCACCAACUCUCUGCUGUCAUGGCCGCAAUGAGCCCAUGUUGUGAGGAAAAAAAAUACAAAGUUACAUUACAAAUACUUCAGUAGGUGUCGCAGAUGAAUUUUAAUUUAAGGUGGAAGUAUGUAAAUUGUGUCAUUUCCGAUCAUUGUCACGUGCACGUGUCCAUUUGUUGUGCGUCUUGAGAAAAUAAAAUUGUAAAAUGUGUGUGUGCAGUAGCUCUUGAAUUAAUUCAGAAUCCCAAUAAUGCCCGAAUGCAUGACUCUACUAGCUCAACGCAAUGCCAAUGAAUACAAACAGGUCAAAGGACAGAUUGUAGACAGUUAUUUCCUCUUUGUCUACCUCCCAACUGUGUGUGGGCUACCAAUUUUAAAGCAUUUUAUCCUAAAAUGUUGAGUCAUCUUACUGUUUUUAAAGGAAAUCACAAUAGAGGGAUGUUUUUUUUGUGCUCAUGCCCCUGUGUACAUUCCUGAAGAAGCUGCUAUUGUAUCUGAUGUAUAUAUGACAUGCACAGACGAAUAAACAAUCCAUUCUGUGGGAUUCAA